AUGGAAACACUGGAGUCAGAACUGACCUGCCCUAUCUGUCUGGAGCUGUUUGAAGACCCGCUGCUGCUGCCUUGCGCUCACAGCCUCUGCUUCAACUGCGCGCACCGCAUCCUGGUCUCCCACUGCGCCACCAACGAGCCAGUGGAGUCUAUCACCGCCUUCCAGUGCCCGACCUGCCGCUAUGUCAUCACCCUCAGCCAGCGCGGUCUAGACGGGCUCAAGCGCAACGUCACCCUGCAGAACAUCAUCGACAGGUUUCAGAAAGCCUCGGUCAGUGGGCCCAAUUCCCCCAGCGAGACCCGCCGGGAGCGGGCGUUCGAUAACAACAGCAUGUCGUCCUGCGAGAAGGUGCUCUGCCAGUUCUGUGACCAGGACCCUGCCCAGGAGGCGGUGAAAACCUGCGUUACCUGCGAGGUGUCCUACUGCGAGGAAUGCCUGAAAGCCACUCACCCCAAUAAGAAGCCGUUCACCGGCCACCGUCUCAUCGAGCCUAUCCCGGACUCUCACAUCAGGGGAUUAAUGUGCUUGGAGCAUGAGGACGAGAAAGUUAACAUGUACUGUGUGACUGAUGACCAGUUAAUCUGUGCCUUGUGUAAACUGGUCGGGCGACACCGUGACCAUCAGGUGGCAGCUUUAAGUGACCGCUAUGACAAGCUAAAGGAACUAACCCCACCCUGGAGUCCAGAACUUGCUGAGAAUUCAGAAGCUGUGGCAGUAUCACUCUGUAGUGCCAUGGCAGGCCAGCAAAAUUUGGAGAGUAACCUCACCAACCUUAUUAAGAGGAACACUGAACUGGAAACUCUUCUGGCAAAACUCAUUCAGACCUGCCAACAUGUAGAAGUAAAUGCAUCCCGCCAAGAAACCAAGCUGAUGGAAGAAUGUGACCAACUCAUUGAAAUAAUCCAGCAAAGACGGCAAAUAAUUGGAACCAAAAUCAAAGAAGGAAAGGUGGUGAGGUUGAGAAAACUGGCUCAGCAGAUUGCAAACUGCAAACAGUGCAUUGAGCGCUCAACAUCCCUCAUCUCUCAGGCUGAGCAAUCACUGAAGGAGAAUGAUCACGCUCGCUUCCUGCAAACAGCUAAAAAUAUCACUGAAAGGGUUUCCAUGGCAACUGCAUCCUCACAGGUCCUAAUUCCUGAAAUUAACCUCAAUGAUACUUUUGAUACUUUCGCACUUGAUUUUACCAGGGAGAAGAAAUUGUUGGAAUGCCUUGAUUACCUUACAGCUCCCAACCCACCCACGAUUCGAGAAGAGCUCUGUACAGCCUCUUAUGACACCAUUACUGUGCACUGGACAUCAGAUGAUGAGUUCAGUGUGGUCUCUUACGAGCUGCAGUAUACCAUCUUCACUGGACAAGCCAAUGUUGUUAGUUUAUGCAACUCAGCCGACAGCUGGAUGAUUGUUCCUAAUAUCAAACAAAACCACUACACAGUGCAUGGGUUACAGAGUGGCACGAAGUACAUCUUCAUCGUCAAGGCCAUUAAUCAGGCUGGCAGCCGCAGCAGCGAGCCUGGCAAGCUCAAGACAAACAGUCAGCCAUUUAAACUGGACCCCAAAUCUGCUCAUAGAAAAUUGAAAGUGUCUCAUGAUAACUUGACAGUGGAACGGGAUGAAACAUCAUCUAAGAAGAGUCACACACCAGAGCGAUUCACGAGCCAAGGGAGCUAUGGAGUAGCUGGCAACGUGUUCAUCGACAGCGGGCGGCAUUACUGGGAAGUGGUUAUCAGUGGGAGUACAUGGUAUGCUAUUGGUAUUUCCUACAAGUCAGCACCAAAGCACGAGUGGAUUGGAAAGAAUUCUGCCUCCUGGGUGCUUUGCCGCUGCAACAACACAUGGGUGGUGCGGCACAACAGCAAAGAAAUCCCCAUCGAGCCCGCGCCUCACCUGCGGCGGGUCGGGAUUUUGCUGGACUAUGACAAUGGUUCCCUUGCCUUUUAUGAUGCUUUGAACUCCCUACACCUUUACACUUUUGACAUUACGUUUGGCCAGCCAGUGUGCCCCACGUUCACGGUGUGGAAUAAAUGUUUGACCAUUAUAACUGGCUUGCCUAUCCCUGACCACCUAGACUCCUCCGAGCAACUCGCGUGA